AUGGAGGAUGGAACAGAGCAGACGAAUUCCGCAGUUGAUGAUUGGCAUUCGAUUCAAGUUAGUGAAGGCAUUGUGGAUGGUUCAGUGAGUUCAGAUCAAGUAGAUGUAGAUGUUGAUGGAUCUUCAUCAAUUCCAGUUGAUCAAGAUUUGGUUGGUUUGGUAGUAAGUAAUGCUGAUGAGGCUUUUGAGGUGUAUAACAGUUAUGCAUAUAGACUUGGUUUUAGUGUGAGGAAGGGUCAUCAACGAUACAAGGGAUCUUCGAACACAAUUCAAAUGAAGAAAUUUUGUUGUUCUAAGGCUGGUUACAAGGCUAACAGUGGGGUUAAGGCUUAUUCCAAAAUUGACACAAGGACAGGGUGUGGAGCGUUUGUUCAAUUUGACGUGGGUGAUGAUGGGUUGUGGACAGUUACGAAACACGAGAAAGUGCACAAUCACGAGUUAUGUGUGUUCAACAAGAGUCAUCUACUUCGUUCACAUAGGAGUGUCGGAGAUAAUCAGCUCUUAUAUUUACAAGGUUUGAAGGACAGUGGUGUUGCAUUGGCAGAUGGUAUUAGGUUCCUAAAACACCAAUCGGGGGGGUCCCCUUUAGUUGGUUUCACCAGUAGAGAUGCUUAUAAUUCAAUGGCUGCGGAUACUGUCAAGCGAUUGGAUGGAACGGAUUCUAACUCUUUAAUUGAAAUUUUUAGGAGGAGGCAGUCUACCGAGACUGAUUUUUUCUUUGAUUUUGAACUUGACUUGGAUGCAAGGUUGUGCAGUUUUUUUUGGAGGGAUGGUCAAAUGAGACGAGAUUACGAGGUGUUUGGGGACUUGUUAGUGCAUGAUACGACAUAUCGCACAAACAAAUACGAUAUGAUUUGUGCCCCUUUCGUAGGGAUGAAUCACCAUUGCAUGAAUGUAAUGUUUGGAUGCGGGUUUUUGAUGAACGAGAGGAUAGAAUCUGUUUCCAACAUCACGUCAUCGUCUUUGCAUAUGGCAUAUCGGUGA